UCGGGUAUUGCCGCGUCAGUAUUCGCUGUUCUCUCCGACCUUGUGUAUAAGCCUCUCGUACGUUUCGCUCCCUUGCGUGUAAGUACUGCUGUGUUGAUAUACAGUUGCCGUCCAUCCUUCCUCGUGCAUUUCGUCGUCUUUGUCGCCGAUCCAAAGGAGGAAACAAUAUAUACACAUCGUUCACCAUGUCGGACCCAUCCAGCGUGUCUCUGAAAGAACUUCCCAAGGUCCCCAUCAACCUCAAGAGCCAGCUCCACGGCUUCAACUCCAGUUGCUUGGCGAAGGCCGAGACCGCGGAGAAGAACGUCCUGCCUUCGGCUGAAGACGUUGCCGCGGAAAAAAAUCAGCAAACGUUGAUAGCCAACAUCGAGAAAUUCGACCCGUCGAAACUCAAGCACACAGAAACGCAGGAAAAGAACCCUCUUCCAGAUAAAGAUGCUAUCCAACAGGAGAAGGGAAAGCAGCAGCUGAUCUCUGGAAUUGAAAACUUCCAAAAGGACAAGCUGAAGCACGCGGACACGCUCGAGAAGAAUCUCUUGCCCACCAAAGAAGCAAUCGAUGCAGAAAAAACAGCCGCAUAAGGAGCCAUCGGAAAA